CCUCAUUUGACUAGGCGUGCUGAAGAGAUCCACUUGUUUCACUGGAGAGAUCUUCAUUUGAUUGGAUAUUGCUUCUAGUGUUGGAUAAACUAAAUAUUUGCUGUCACUAUUAGAGAAACAAUGCAUUUCAGUUCAAAUGCAAAGCAGUUUGUUCUCCUUCUCAUUGUUGGAAUCUUCUUGCUUCUGGGGUAUGUGGUCUUCAACCACUUCAAUGAAAGGCAAAACAUGGUUUGGUUUGACGCUUCCAAAAGAGAUAUCCCAGUUGAUGAGGACCAGAGGAACACCAGCCUGAGUAAGCCCAUAUUCAGGAGCAGAGUACAGAACAUCGUCUCUCCAGAAAGUCCAGUCCAAUCCUCUCUCUCCUCCCUCUGGAAGCAUGCAGUGGGACUGUCAGGAGGGAUGGGAUGACAACGGGCCAAAAGAGUAAAGACAUACUGGGCUAAAAUGUACGAGUGAAAUUAAUUAACUUGUCAAAUUAAAAGAUUUGAAUGUAGCUUUAACACAUGAAUACAUACAGCUAUCUGAAAUUAUUGAUAAUGUCAUGAAAAUGUAAAAAAACACCAAAUAAAUGUAUUAUUAUCAAAAGAAUGAGUCUAUACAUCAUAAAUCAAUGUGAGAAUCAAAACAUAUGCCUUUGCCUGGCCACGGCUUCUUCUGCAACGAGGUAACUAGACUGUUUCACAUAGUACUUUGUCAGCUUUAAAGUUUGCUGUUCAACAGUUUACCAGUUCUACCAGUUGAGUGUGAUUCUGCAGAUAUUUCCCAUCUGUAAAUAUCCUCACUGUCAAUCAGCUUUACUCCAGAGUUUUAUGUGUUGACUUUGUGUCUGUAUUCUGUUUGUACAUUGUCUAUUGCUGGCAGCAGCUAUUCAUUAAGUUACAUUACAGGUAGGCCUAUGUCCAAAUGUACUUGUCAAAUAAAGUGAUUCUGAUGCCAGUAUUUAUGUGUUUCCUGAUGUGGAAGAGCCUGGGGGUCAUUGUUAAGAUCCUCUUUUUCCCCAAUGAUUCUUAAAUUUGACUUUGGUUGCCAUUUACUUCAAAUUCAUUUUUCAUGUUACACUUCGUCAAUCUUGGAAAGAUACAUACAUUUCGUGGCGACAGGUAGUGGUUAGAGCGUUGGGCCAGUAACUGAAAAUGUUGCUAGAUCUAAUCCCUGAGCUGACAAUGUAAAGUUUAGUCAUUCUGCCCCUGAACAAGGCAGUUCCUAGGCUGUUCCUAGGCUGUUAUUGUAAAUAAGAAUUUGUUCUUAACUGACUUGCCCAGUUAAAUAAAGGUUAAAUAAAAAAUAGAAAAAAAUUGUCUUACGUGACAUUAGAUAGUGUGACAGCCAUUUGCUCUGAUCUGUCUAUUCUGUCGAGAUACAUAAUAAAAAUGUUGAGUUACAAAGAGUACCAGUUUGACCACCAAUGGUGGUCGGAAAAAAGCAAAAGAAAACUGCAAGA